CUCACACAGCCAGAGCUAUUUCUGGCCGCCGUGCGGGCUCCGCACCAGACUUUGUCGAGCUCGUGCAUGGUGGCUUCUGCAAGUUUCCUCCCCUGGAGCUUCCCGCAGGUGGGCAGUAGCCGCAGCCGCCGCAGAGGCGCCCGCUGAAGAACUCUGCGAACCGAGCUAGCCCCAGAGCAGCCGGGCUGGGCCGGGGGCAGGGCCGGCCGAAGGAGCCCCAGAGCAGCGGAAACCAUGGAGGUGCAGCUGGGCUUGGGAAGGGUCUACCCCCGGCCGCCGGCCAAAACCUUUCGGGGAGCGUUCCAGAACCUGUUCCAGAGCGUGCGCGAAGUGAUCCAGAACCCGGGCGCCCGGUACCCCGGUGCAGCCGCGGGUGCAGCACCCCCCGGCGCCCGUCUGCAGCAGCAGCACCACCAGCACCACCAGCAACACCACCAGCACCAGCAGGCGCCCCAACAGCCUCAGCAACAGCAAACCAACCCCCGGCAGCCACAGCCACCAGUACAGCAGCAGGCGCCCGACGAUGGCUCGCCCCCUACCCCGAGCCGAGUCCCGGCCGGCUACCUGGCUCUGGAGGAGGACUCUCAGUCGCAGCCUUCCCAGGCACCGCCUUCGGCCGAAGGCCGCCCAGAGAACGGCUGCGUCCCGGAGCCCGGACCGACCGCGGUCGCCGGCAAGGGGCUGCAGCAGCCGGGAGCCGUGGUGGUGGCGGCGGCAGCGCCAGACGACGAUGACUCAGCUGCCCCGUCCACUUUGUCCCUGCUGGGCCCCAGCUUUCCGGUCUUGAGCGGCUGCUCCACCGACCUGAAGGACAUCCUGGCGGAGGCCGGUACCAUGCAGCUCCUGCAGCAGCAGGAGGCAGCGGUGGUGGUUGAUGGGGGCAACUGCAGCCGGGCGCGGGAAGGAGCCGGGGGCUCCGCCUCCUCCAAAGACAGCUAUCUGGUGGGCACAUCGACCAUCUCGGACAGCGCCAAGGAGCUGUGCAAGGCUGUGUCCGUGUCCAUGGGCUUAGGCGUGGAGGCUCUCGAACACCUGAGCCCCAGCGAGCAGCUGCGCGGGGACUGCAUGUACGCCCAGCUGCUGGGGGGCCCGUCGGCGUCGCGACCCGCGCCUCCCUGUGCCCCCCUGGCCGAGUGCAAGGGCUCGCUGCUGGACGACGGCUCUGCCAAGGGUGCCGACGACGCCGCCGACUACCCUCCCUUCAAGGGCAGCUAUGCCAAGGCGCUGGACGGUGAGAGCCUGGGCUGCUGCGGGGGCACCGGCGGUGCCAGCGGAGGCAGCGGUGGUGAGGCUGCGGGCGCCGGACCGCUUGAGAUGCAGUCCGCCUUGACCCUGUACAAAGGCGGCUCCCUCGACGAAGCGACAGCCUACCAGAGCCGCGACUACUACAACUUUCAGCUGGCCCUGGCCGGGCCGCAGCCGCCGCCGCCCCCGCCGCAGCCCCCACACCACCCGCACGCCCGCAUCAAGCUGGAGAACCCGCUGGACUACGGGAGUGCCUGGGCCGCGGCCGCCGCUCAGUGCCGCUACGGGGACCUGGCCGGCCUGGCCCACGGUGGGGGCGCCGCGGCGGCCGCGGCUGCGGCUGCUGCCGCCGGGGGCCCCAGUUCGGGCUCGCAGUCCGCCGCGGCUGCCGCAGCCGCCGCCGCCGCCGCUGCUGCCUCGUCUUCCUCCUCCUCAUCGUCCUCUUCCUCCUCCUGGCACACUCUCUUCGCCUCGGAGGAGGGCCAGAUGUAUGGGCCGUGCGGUGGCGCCGCCGCAGCCAGCGAGGCAGCCCCCGUAGCCUCCUAUGGCUACCGGGCCGCUCAGGGGCUGGCGGGCCAGGAGACUGAAUUCUCUUCUCCCGAGGUGUGGUACCCCAGCGGCGUGGUGAACAGGGUGCCCUAUCCGGGCCCGGGCUGUGUCAAGAGCGAGCUGGGUCCUUGGAUGGAGGGCUAUUCGGGGACCUACGGAGACAUGCGAUUGGACACUACCAGGGACCAUGUGUUGCCCAUUGACUAUUACUUUCCACCACAAAAGACCUGCCUGAUCUGUGGCGAUGAAGCUUCGGGCUGUCACUACGGGGCACUCACCUGCGGCAGCUGCAAAGUCUUCUUCAAGCGAGCAGCAGAAGGGAAACAAAAGUACCUGUGUGCCAGCAGGAAUGAUUGCACCAUCGAUAAAUUCAGAAGGAAAAAUUGCCCAUCAUGUCGGCUCCGAAAGUGCUACGAAGCAGGGAUGACCCUUGGAGCCCGGAAGCUAAAGAAACUUGGGAACCUGAAGUUGCAGGAGGAAGGCGAGGCCUCCAGUUCCACCAGCCCCAAUGAGGAUCAGGGGCAGAAGCUCACAGUUUCCCACAUUGAAGGCUAUGAGUGCCAACCCAUUUUCCUGAAUGUCCUGGAGGCCAUCGAGCCAGGCGUGGUUUGUGCUGGCCAUGACAACAACCAACCUGACUCCUUCGCUGCUCUGCUGUCCAGCCUGAACGAGCUGGGCGAGAGGCAGCUGGUGCACGUGGUCAAGUGGGCCAAGGCCCUGCCUGGUUUCCGGAACCUGCAUGUGGAUGACCAGAUGGCUGUUAUUCAGUACUCCUGGAUGGGACUUAUGGUGUUUGCCAUGGGCUGGAGAUCUUUCACCAAUGUCAAUUCCAGGAUGCUCUACUUUGCUCCUGACCUAGUGUUCAAUGAAUACCGGAUGCACAAGUCAAGGAUGUACAGCCAGUGUGUCCGGAUGAGACAUCUCUCCCAGGAGUUUGGCUGGCUCCAGAUCACCCCACAGGAGUUUCUGUGCAUGAAGGCCCUGCUGCUCUUCAGCAUUAUUCCAGUGGAUGGACUGAAGAAUCAGAAAUUUUUUGACGAACUUCGAAUGAACUACAUUAAAGAGCUCGAUCGGAUAAUUGCCUGCAAGAGAAAAAAUCCAACCUCUUGCUCACGACGCUUUUACCAACUCACCAAACUCCUGGAUUCCGUGCAGCCUAUUGCCAGAGAACUGCACCAGUUUACCUUUGACCUACUAAUCAAGUCACACAUGGUGAGCGUGGACUUUCCUGAGAUGAUGGCCGAGAUCAUCUCUGUACAAGUGCCCAAGAUCCUUUCUGGAAAAGUCAAGCCCAUCUACUUCCACACACAGUGAUGCUUUACAAGCCCUUCCUUCCUUCCCCCUUUUCUGCCAUCUUCUGCCUGUUGUAAUUCUGCACUACUGUUCUGCAGUGCCUUGGGGAAUUCCCUCUAUUGAUGUACAGUGUGUCUUAGAGAUAGUCCUAACUCCUUACUACCUUCUAAGCUUUUCUUCCCUUCUACCCUGUCCUCCCUCACUGCCAUCUUCUAUUCCACAGCCUCCUUUUUGCCUCACUUCUUCUAACUUCCCACCUACCUUAGCACCUUCUGACUCCUUAGUCUGGAUGGUGCAUAUCUCUUUGAAUAUUUGCCCCUAGUUCUGUGGCCACACCCAGGCCAGUCAUGUCUUUCUGAUGGCCACAUGGCCAUUUUCUUCACCUAACACCAUGACAAAUCUUGGGUAUUUAAGGGGACAGGAAAAAACCACCUCACUGCAGUUCCCCUCCCUUAAAAGCCAAACACACAAACACCCACACACAAACCAACAACCCCAAAUAUUUCCCUGGGGAUGUGUGGGUGUAUGUGAGUGCUAGCAUUUCUCACCUGGAGCACCCACUCUGCCACCAGUGGCCUUCAGGAGAUUCCCCCAGUGACAGACCUGGGGAGGGGAAAGAAGAGAAGCCCCACCCCCUUCACACACACAUGCAGACACACAUGUGUGCGUGUGUGCACAUGUGUGCAUUCCCAUACGUCCAGUUGUGCUCUUUGGAUGAUCAGAAAGUCCCACUGCAGCGCAGUCAAAUGGUACUGAAUCUGCUUUUUGUCUGAAACUUUGCUGAUAUUCUUGUCUGCUCUGCGCAUGUGCCAUGCAGUGUCUUCCCCAAGUCCUCCCUGUAUCCCACCCCCUUUCCUCCCUGCUCCCCUUUCCUCAUUGCCUCAGCCCUUAGGAGAGGAGACCAUUCCACAAUGGCUUUCAGCAGCUACUGAGAGUGUUGGACAUUCCCUCAUGCUAAGACUCUAGCCUGAGCAGACAUGGAAGAGGCUGAAACGAGGUUAGCCCAGUGGGAACCUCUCUGUUCUCCAGCUCUGCCUUGCCUUGGGUGGGCCAAGAACAAACUGGGCUGUCCCUGGGGACAGGGAAUAGAGCUCAGGGUAAGUAUUGGCACCACUGGGCAUCCCCCCUGCUCAAGGCUUAUGCCCAGCAUUGUUUUCCCACCUCCUCCAAAGACCCAAUGAAGUUCUCCACCUCACCAACGCCCCAGGACCCCCUUUCCCUUUCCUUCUUCUCUGGGUCUGGUUACUAGAUUCACUUUGCUUAUGGGAUGUGACUUACUCCCUACCCCAGAAUCUUUACCCCGACUCUCUGAUGAGAGUUACAACCAAGAAGGCCAGCAGGUUUUGAGUACUCUUUCUGCCUGCCCUGAGGCCUAGAGGCUCCCAACAAUGGCUGAUUGACACCAACAGUCUCAGAUCCGGAGCAUCUUUUGAUCAACUGGAAAGAGUUAGAGUUGCUAGCCAAACUGCUGAAACUGGCCAUCAUCUGGCAGCAUGGACACCCGACCAGGCUCCAUACUGGCCAAAGCCAGGGAGGCUGGUGAACAAGAGAAGAUCCCAUUGUCCUGCUACCAAAGAGGGCUUUGGGAGUUGGAGUAAACACUUUGGAAUCAAGUCAGUGAGUGGCCAGGGCACAAUUUGAGAAGAAAAAGUGGAUGUGCCAGGACCAAGACCACUGGUAGAAACAGGCAGUUGGCAGUGAACAUCCCCCAGAUGUCCUCUUCAGCCUGGAUCAUCGCCCACAGUCUGUAGCAAAAGAGGACAUGCCAAGAGGAGGCUGGUCUUCAGGAUAAGCUGAGCAGGGUAAAGGCAGAAGCCAGGAGGAAUAAUACCCUGGCAUAAGACUCACUGCCUACUUAUGCCAGGCCCUGGUAUUGGCCACUGGCCAGGAGGAUCGGGGGAGGUAGGGGGAGCUCUCCCUCUAAGGACAGACUCUCUGUUUCAUUCUGCUCAUCUGGGGUUAGCUGGAGCCAUUAAGACUUCCUCUGAAACCAGUGCCUCUUUUGCAGAGGGGGUCUUUGCAGCCACCUGCACAGUCAGGGUUCCCAGCUGGGAUGGUGCCCUUCAGAGGACCCCUCCCAUUCUGAUGACUUUUGUGUAUCCCUCAGCCCUGUACCCCGCAAGGCCUUAUUGUUACGGGGAGCUUUGCCACCUCCCCUUCUGAGCCCCUGUUGCUUUCUCCACCUGUUAAGUUCCAGAUGUGGGAACCAUCAAACCGCCAGCCUUGGCUGACCUGUUAUCACAUUUAUGGAGAAGAUAGCUCCAGAAAACUCGAACCAGCAAGGGUGUUCUAGCCAGAUUUCUGAAGUUUUACCUGUAGCCCAUUAAACUCACAGAUGGCUUCUUUUGAAUAUAGAGACGGAAGGGAGCCUGAGGUUAGUCAUGCUUCUCUAGCAAGUCCAGCUGGGAAAAUGUAAGUGGAUGGGCUCCCUUUCUGUGGGAAAAUAGGCAGAUCCCAGUUUUCUUUCUCACAGUAACAUCUGGUUUAUGUAAACUCACAGCAUUAUUUUUAGCUGUUUUUAAUAGAAAACAAACAAAAAAACCCCAAAAAAACAAAAAGUAAUUCACCGUUCUUCAGUUAAGCUAGGUUACAUUUUGAUAGUUUUCUUUACAACUGUUUCCAAAAGGAUCUUCAUCUUUUCCCUUUAUUUCAUUGCUUGUAAAUACUAGAGAUGCCCCUUUUCAUUUCUGAGUACCAGCUUUUUCAUCAUUGUGGAUUUCCUGAUUAAGUCUUGUCUAUGUGAACAUAUAUAUAUAUAUAUAUAUAUAUGUAUAUAUAUAUAUAUAUAUACAUAUACAUAUACACCUAUAUAUACGUAUAUAUAUAUAUAUAUGUACAUAAUUUUAAAGCCAAAAUACAAGAGAGAAUAGCAGUAUAAUUAACAAGCAGCUACAACUGGAUGACUCUGACUUGAGAAAUGACACCAAGUCCAGUUUGUGUAAAGCCGUGCACACUGAAAUCCAUUUCCUUGAGCUUUGCUUUGGGAAUAAAGAGCUCCCAAAGCUGCAGGGAAAGUCUGGUUUGGCUUCUCCCCCUCGUUAGGUCAAAGGGGGAUGGUUUUGAUUGGGGGGGGUUGUUUCUAUUUUUUUGGUCAUUGUUGGAGUUGUGGCAAUUGUCUUUGGGAAGGAAGGCUUUUGUUUUGCAUGUGUUCGACAUGAUACAAAGAGCUGAGAGCUGGCACGCUCACUAGGGGCUGAGGUCCACUCCAGGUGUCAAGGGGCAAGAAGCCGUGAGGCUAGCCUCACCCUCCUCCAUGGCAUUGCCCUGCCAAGCAGAGACCCCCAAGAGUGAGCCGGGGGUACAAAAGGAAGGCCAAAGGAGAAGGGACUGCCCAGGAGAGACAAUGGGCAUCCCCUGUAGCUGUGCAUUUUGGCCGAUAUGACAAACUCAGUGUUGAGCAGGACAGAUCCUCUUUCCUUUCUCAGCCAUUGUCUGCAUGGUACCCAAGUGUGGUACCAGGCCGGCCUCUGAUCUGGGGCAGGGCUCAGCCUUUUGGCUUGCAGGCUUUUCUGUGCCCUCCAGUAGUCAUUGACACUUGGAAUAGCUCAAUUGUUUUUUUUCUUUCUUCCUUUUUUAAUUACAUUACUCGAGAAAAAAGUGUUUGAAGGAUCUUAUCAUAUAGCAGCAGUGCAUAUAUCUUUUCUGUAUGUUGACUGGGAUUCUAAAAAGAAAAAAAAAGUUCUCCAACUUGCCCAUUUGGCAGUUGCUGAGGUAACGGUCAGGCUUGGGAAAUGCCAUUGCGCUGAUGGCCCAUCCUCUGUCCAUCCAGCCACAAAGAUAUGCAUGCAGAGCUCUAGAUGGAGUCUUCUGGGCCUUCUGAGGCAAGAAUUGUCCUCAGCCCACAUGGACGUGACAUGAUUCCAAUGGCCUUACUUUGAGUUGGUCCUGUGAGCAGCCCACAGACGGCCACCGUCUUAGCCUCCUAAUUCUGCUCAAGCCCAAUGGCACCCAAGGUCCUGGUCCCCUCCUUCCUUUUUUGCCCAAACCCCAGCUCUCUGUUGUCACACAAUCCACGUUCCUAGUUAUUCUCUCCAUCUGUCUCUCUACCUCUCCCUCUGUCUUCCCUCCCCUUGCUUUCCUUCUUUCCCUCCCUCUCCCUUUUUCCCUCCUCUUGCCCUUUCUCCCCUCCUCUCCAUCUCCUUCCCUCUGCUUUCCCCUGCAACCCACAACCCUACCCUCAUCACCCAUAUGACCCAGCAUCCUAUACCCCCACCCUAGAAGAGAGGCUCCUCCCUUCCAUGCUCCCUUCCAUCCUCACCCUGUAGGUGAGAGGACCCUUGGCUCUACUGGGCUCCCACCCAGCCCUGUCCCACUGCCUGAGGGGGGGAAAGGUGCACAGGAAUGUUGAAGCACAGUCUGAGAGUCCAAAGCCGAACAUUCAUCAUAAUCAUGGUGGAUGUGUGGUUUCUUGUGAAAGGAAGUUGACCUUUUAUGGGCAGCUGGACUGUUACUAUUGACCUCUUCGAAGGUAGUUUCAAGCAGGAGAGAGCAGGAGAAAUGGAUGCACCAUUCUAUGUAACCAAAGACAACAAAUGUAUUUGCUAAGAUACCAAAACUGUUACGAGAGAGAGAGAGAGAGAGAGAGAGAGAGAGAGAGAGAGAGAGAGAAAGAGAGGCCACUCUUUGGUAAGGCAGCCAAAACCAAAAGGACUUGGCUGAUGACUCAUUUACAAGAUACGUUUUUCUUUCACAAUUUACGCAUUUAGAGAAGUUGAAUAUAAUUUGGAGGAAAAAAAACUGGGUUUCUGGGUCCUUUGAUGCGUGAUUUUUUUAAAAUUAGCAAAAUUAGCUUUUGUUUUUCUUUUAGUAGCUGCUGAGCAAAUCCCCAAAGCUCCACCGUUGCAUGUUUAGAAAUGGAGCUGGGUUUGGCUUCUGCAUCUGCUGGCAUUAGCGUCUAGCGUAGCUAAAGAUGUGAAGCCCUGCUGAGGAAAGGGUGCAUUCAAAAGGGCAAGAUUUGCACUAGAGGGACAGACAGCAGGCAGAAUUUCCCAUUUCUGCCCACUGAGAUGGCGCACCGAAUUCUCUGCAGUUUGCCGCAGAGGGUUGAAAUAUAUUGUAAAUGAGUAUUUGUAUCCAUGUUUCAAAAAUCGAAUUUUAUAUAUAGAUAUAUGUGUUCUGCUCCUUUUGCCUUUUGCUUUGCCAUCCACGUUUGGUUCCAGGUAAUAUCUGAUGCUAUGUACUAGCAAGAGGCCUUGGCCUUGGUUCAGAGGUCCUCUCAGGGUGGACAGGAUGCUUGAGUUGUCUGGCCCAGAGGUUCAGGGAAGACGAGGGGGGAGGAGGGAAGAAGGGGAAGAGAGUUGUUACCAUACCUGGUGAACCCACACGUGCAACAGGUGUGGUGUGGACUCAUUGAAACCUCAGGGAGGUUGUUGGGGAUCUGGGGGAAGGAGAAAGCUGAGGGGAGCACCAGUCUUCCCUGAAUCACAGGGCCAGCUCCAGCCCCAGCCUCUGUCCAAGUGGAGAGUGGGUGUGAGGAGGGAUCAGAGAGGUCAGGAAGAAAGGAAGGCAGAGGGCAAGGGGGCUCCCUUGGCCUACCCAUGCCACCAGUCCCGUGGAGUGCUGGGGCACAGGGGCACGAACAGGGAACUCAAACACCGUCGAGUGGCUCUUACUAUAUAUUGGGUGUCUUGUGCUCUUAAUUCUGGUUUUAGAGACUUUCUGUAAAGAUUGUGGCAAAUGAAAUUGUGUUUUCUCUGUUAACCUGUCUAUGUAAUAAAGCUUCUUUCUGUAGGUAGAAGGGCUUCCUCUGCCUAUGGGGAUUUUCA